AUGAGCAACAAUAAUGCUACAACAAAUGUUACUGGAGAUCAAUUUAUUCGUACAUUAGCUCAAUUCAUCCGAGCCAACGAACGUAAAAUAACUAUGCAAAACCUACAACAACAGUCUUCUUCAGGUCAUUUAUUGGGUACUCGAAUGUCAGAAAAUAGUUUAGGAAAUGGUUAUGGUAUACCAAGUUUCUGGUCUUUCUCUACUGCUCUUGCAAGUUCUUACAUGAAAUCUCCAACCUCGCCUGUUUCAACAACUCCAACUUCUCCCGUUAGCCCUAUAGGCAAUAAUAAUUCAAAAAGGCCUGUAUUUGUUACACUUGAUCCCCAUCACUUAUACUAUUUAUUGGCAAGAUUUAACGAUAUAGGGCUUGAUAUUGGUGUCUUUGAAGCAAUUAUAAAUUUUGAUAAUAAAGAUAUGGAUUUUGAUGUUAAUGACUCAUCAUUGGAAACUGCGUCAAUUACCUCAAUCAAUUCAAUCAAUUCAAUAUCAUCUGCCAUGUCUUCAUUAUCCUUAUUCUCGGGUUGGCAAGGUUGGACCAAUGCAGCUCAAAAAAAUGAAAACAUACCAAUAAAAAGUGAGGUUUACUACAUUUACAAAAGUUUCACUAAACUCACCAAUUUAAAACUUAAUUCUACAAUUAAUAAUAAAAGAAUUGAUGGUUUUGGCACCCACAAUAAUAACGAUGACAAUUUUAGAGUUGGUAUUGAUGGCGUUGGUUGGCCUUUAACUGCUACAUUGUCAAUAACCCUGUUUAAAAACUUGACAAAUUUAGAAAUUUAUGGAUUAUCACCAAAAGUUUUUGAUGGUUGGGACGUUGUACAAGAGAAAUUGGAAAUAUUAACUUUAACUAAAAGCCCAAUUGAUGACAUUACUGAAUUAUUUAUUGAUCUGAAAAAAAUAAUGGACAGAGCAGUCAAAGGAGCAACUAAAUCAAAAUGUGCAGCACCUAAACAAAAAUAUCUUGAGGUUCUCAUACCAGCAACUUCAAGUAGUGAUGCUUUGAAAACAAUAUUUGCGUCAUUAGAACAUCGUUUACGAGAAAAUUCUUGGACGAUCGUAUUCAAAAGUCUUAUUGUGAUUCAUAUUUUGAUGAGAAAAGGGGUUGAUGGUCAAGUUUUAAGUUAUUUAGUUAGAAAACCAAAUAUUUUAAAUUUGUCAGGUUUUAAAGGAUCAGGAAUAGGCAAUGGAGCCGAACAAACUAAAAAUAUUCAUUCAUACGCUGCAUACUUGGAAGAAAAGGUUUCAGUAUAUCGAGAGUUAAAGGUCAAUUUUGUUAAAGAAAAGAAAUUAGAGAAUAAUAGUCGUUUAAGAAGACUUACAGUUGCCAAGGGUCUUUUGCGAGAAGUUAAGAUUCUUCAACGACAAUUAGAUGCUUUAUUAAAUUGUAAGUUUUAUCUGGACGAGGUUGCUAAUUAUGUAACAUUGACAGCAUUCAGACUUAUUGUCAUCGACUUGCUAGUACUUUUUGAAACAACGAAUGAAGGCGUUAUUAAUAUGUUAGAACAAUUUGUUAGUAUGUCACAAAUAGAUGCAAAAGAUGGAUUAGAAAUUUAUAAAAAAUUUGUGAAACAAACUGAAAAAGUUGUUAUUUAUCUAAGGGCUGCUCAAAAAUUACAAAGUGUACUUGGUAUCAAAAUACCCAACUUAAAACAUGCACCAGUCUCAUUGACAAUUGCAUUGCAAGAUUAUGUCGAAGAUCCAAAUUUUGAAGCAAAUAGACGAGAAUAUAGAAAUACGCAAGAAAAAAGUAAAAAUGAAAAUAAUAAUAAAUCUGCCACAAGAAAAGAUGGAGCAACAACGACUAUAUGCUCCAGUGAUAAUAACAGUAAUGCAAACUUUUUGACCAAAAAGGAUGCAACUUCAGCUUCAUCCAUUUCUAAAACUGCGGCAAAUCAUAAUCAGAUGGACUUUAUAGAUUUUUCUUCUAAUAUUGAAAGAAGGAGUAAUAUUAUGACUACUACUACUAUUACGGAUACAACCACUAAUCCAUUCUUAGCUGGUCAAAAUCAAUUGGUUCUGCAACAACAAUUACAGCAAUCUUCCCCUAUUAUUAAUCAACAACAGCAAUCAUCAUUAAUGUUAAAUCCUAUAUCUGCAUCUUCAUCAUCAUUAUCAUCUGAUACAAAUCCAUUUCGUUCUUCAAUGUUAUUUCAAGAUCAACAACGACAAUUGCAACAAACAACUGCAAUGACAGCCUCUUCACCUCAUAAUCCUUUUGGACAAUUUUCUCCUCCUGCUUUUACUAAUAAUAACAUUAACAGUGGUAAUAAUAGCAAUCCAUUUGCUUCACCGAUGCAACAACAAAAUCUACUAGUUUCACUUAACGUCCAAUCACCAUCCCAUCCAAAAUAA